GUUAGGAGGGGGAAAUCAAUCUUUCGGCGUUUUCGUUCAUUUCAUUCAUUCACUUUCAAAAUGGCGUUGGACUAAGUUGUGCGUUAUUGUUACUUUUUGUUUUUGUAAAAUUUUAAAACUGUUGACUUAAAACUGAGGUUAACAUGGGUCGUUCGCCCAGCCCGCGGCGUCGCGAUGACAGGCGCCGGGAUCGCGACCGCGACAGAGACCGAGAUAGGGACCGCGAGAGGCGGAGACCUCGCACCCGGUCCCGUUCGCGCUCUCUCGACCGCCGGCGGCGCUCCCCGGACCGCCGCCGGAGCCCCUCGCCGCGUCGCCGCCGCUCCCGUUCCACGUCCCCAGGACCGUCUACGUCCUUCGUCAAGCCGAAGAAAACGUUCGGCGAGCGUCCGAUAGUCACCCCAGCAGAUUUAGAAGGUAAAACUCCUGAAGAACAGGAGAUGUUAAAAGUUAUGGGAUUCUGUGGCUUCGACACGACCAAAGGGAAGAAAGUUGAGGACAAUGUUGAAGGGGACGUCCAUGUGGUGUUGAAACGUAAGUACAGACAGUAUAUGAACCGUAAGGGCGGGUUCAACCGGCCGCUAGACUUCGUUGCAUGAAGGCAGGGAGCGCACAGCGAGUCCUCGCUACCAUGUUGGUCUGUUCUAGUUAUAAGGCUGAUAUGUGAUAUUUUUGAUAGCUUGGUUUUAUAUGAACGUUAUUUAUUAUAUAGGACUGAUUUUAUGAACUAUCCGUUUUAUGCGGAAAAGUUAGCGGGCAUAGUAGGCUUGCAUUUGUUAACCAUGUUUUUUGAAAGUGAAUUUGGCCUUAUGCAAGUCUAUUCUACACUAAAUAGGCCUACUCGGCCUGAUGCCUUGUGCAGUCCAUAGCCAGUGUAACUGGUUAAUUUAAAACAAUGGAUUAUAAUAACUAGAUUUUCAAUUGACAAAGGGAUUUGUGUCUUCUGAAGUCGUAACACAAUAGAUUUUCAGUUUCUCAUAAUCAUUGUUGAAAACUUUCAGCUGACAAAAGGCCUUAAAAAUAGUUCCCAGUAUAAAAUAAACCAUUCCAAAAACUUAAACAAAACACAAACAAAAAAUCUAUGGGAACAUUGGAGAUACCAUUGCAGUGACUAAAAUUACCAUUUCCUUCGGUCCAUUAUCAUGUGCUUUCUCUCAUCCGGUCCCAAGAUCCCUCUUGGCAUUGAAUUGUAACCGGUUUUCUUUCACCGGGAGCACCCUUGAUCAUGACAGUUACCGGGAAGUAAGGUAGGGGUCCCGAACAAUGAGCGUACAAGCUUAAAAACAUGUUUACUGGUCAAAUUUAACUGUCUUCUGGUCAGACAACUUUCACAGUGACACAAAACAUGUGCAAAUUCUAAAUAUUAUUCUUAUACAUACCAAGAAGUUGAUUUUUGUCUCAGUUGUGUUGGCUGAAGUUAAACUUAAAUUUUGGUCUAGCUUUUUCAGUAUUUUUAGGGUGGAUUUAGGCCCAACAAAUAAAUUAUUAUUUGUUGGUUUAGCCUAAAUUCACCCUUUACUAGCUAGAGCAGAAGUUAUACUUUCUUAAUCUUCUAGUAUGAAAUAUAAAAGAUUAAUUACAACAGUUAUACAAAAAACCUUGAGCAUUCUAUAAAAUAUAGGAGAAUUAAAACAAGAAGAAAUCCUUUGCCACUAUUUCCUGACAAUAUAUCUGUUUACAUUAAAAUAAUUUAAUAACUUGCGGCUAGAGUGAAUUCCCCUCUUGAUGACAAUUGGCCCAUAAUAAACUUUUUUUUAAACCAUUUUUCGCUUACCAUCAAAAUGGUUUUCGUUUCGUAAAUCGGGAAUAAAAAUACAAAACUAAACUAUUCCAUUUCAUAUAACAUCUUUAAUAAACAUAAUUAUUUGACCUUAUACAUCACAGUUUUUACACGUUUUUUAUACAAACUUUAUACAAUACAUACAACAAUAACAAAAUAUAAGAAUGUUCAUAUAAAACCAAGUUUACUUAUCAACUUUUUUACAUAGACUUAAGUGUUAAACUAUUGUUCCAAUCUCUUGAACUAUUUUAGGAGAUAUGGCUGUGAAAAUAUCUUUUUAAUAACAACCACGAUCUUUAGGACAAAAAGGUUAUUUUCUAAAUUUUUAGGAAAGGUAAAAAAUUUAAAGCUGUUUCGCUGUAAUUUUGACUUAAUAUCCAUAAUUUUUGCAGCCAUAUCUUUUAAAAUGCUAUAUCUUGUUGUUAAACUUCAUAAAACUAUCUAUUGACAAGCAUAUUGAAGGCAGAGCCAUUAUUUUCUGACAAUAUAUAAUGGUUUUUAAAACCUGCUAUUGUCUGUUUCAAAAUAUCAAUUAGAUAUGGUUAUCAAAAAGGUAAAAAUUCAUCCCAAUAGCUCGCCCAAUGUUUUCAAAGUUGAUCUUGGCCAAUAAUAGAGUCUUGAAGCUCAAAAAUCUAUCUAUUCAAUCCAUUUAUAAAUAAAGGCCAUCCAUGACAGGUUUAAACAAAAAUUCCACCUUUGACCCAAAAAUAUAUCUCGGUAUCUCUUCUAAAAUCCAAAUUCAAUAUUAAAACCAUCCAUAUCAUGACUGGUUUUUGCAAAAUUUAUUAUAUUUACUUCUAGACUACAUACUAUGGCUCCUAAUACAUUUUUAUGAAGUUUACCACCAAGACCUGUUAGUUCUAAGUUAGCAUAAGUCCGUUUACACAGUACCCGCGUGCUGCUCCGGCCCACGCGGGCCCAACCGAGCGCUCUGCGCAACCAAGAAACCGCCUUGCAAUGUGUAAGAGCAGACGACAAUAUUUCUGUGGCCUGUCGCCCUCGAGUUGAUACAAUGGCAUAUAGAAUUUUAUAGGCAGGUUUGGCGGAUUUUUUAAGUUAAAAAUUCUAUAGCGAGUGGUAUAAACUUCGAAAUUCUCCGCACGAUUUUAUACACUCAAUAAUUUUUGACCCAACUUUAUACGACUCACUAUACACCCUAAAUUGUUGAGCCAUGUUCAAGCAACUCGACGACAGACCGAAUUAUAAGACUGAAGUGACCGCACUAGUUUAAGUUGACCGCACGGCGCACCUCUAGUUAGUAGAAGAUAUAUUUAUACACACAUAUACACCCCCUCCCCCCGGAUUCACCCCUUAUCCUCCACAAUGUACAAUAGUUAAGUUCCGUAUGACAGAAUGUUGUGUUCUUUGUAAACUCAUUAAAUGGUAAUACCACAGUCAUAGACAGUUGUCUUAGCUGUAUUUGGGCGUGGAAUUGCCAGUCUAAAUUCUAAAAUACUGGCAAUACUGAUUCAUUUUUGAAUGGUGUUGCCAGAUCAUUCGAUUUUGAUUAAUUGGUAGAUUAUUUUUUUCUACUAUUUACAAAAAACAUAGUUUUCUGUCAUGCCGAGCUCCGAUAUACAAUAAUAUACAAUGGUUAAAUAUAUUUUUUAUGUAUAUUAUUAACGCACGCGCCGUGCGGGUGCGGGGCUAAGCGACCGUCCUCGUACACAUUGCAGACUGUUUGUCAAUCCAUCUGCCCUUUCGAAUGAAUCUCCAAAACUACUGAACUCCACAGCACACUUUCGCACAAAUAAAUAAAAACGACUGGAAUUAAUGUUUGUCAAAAAAAUACAUAAACUAAGCAUUAGUUUCAGUGAACAAAAUUACAGAAAAAAAAAUGAUUUUAUAACUAAAAAUGUACCUACAAAACUCUAUGGUACUUUUUGGCGCCUUUUUUGAUCACAGGACGCCAUUAUUCUUAUUCACAGAUUAUUAAUUUUCAAUACAGACUUAAUUUACAAGAUUAAGUUCCAACAGCACUUUUUUUCACAAUAUUUGUAUAAAAAAUAAGCGAAUUCUUUUUCACAAUACAUUAUUAUGUACUUAUAAAAACUUGAUUUGUUUGAAAAAUUUUCAUUUUAAAAAUAAGAUUUUGUAAACAUCUUAUGUAUGAAAAAUCCGAAUUAUUAUUAUAUACUUUAACAACAUCAACGUUACUUGAUUUUAUGUAAAGUAACGUAAAUAACAAUGGAUUCAUUCCCAAUGUACAUACCACGCAUUAUUUAUACUUAUUUAAAGUAAAAAAAAAAGAAAAAUAUGUAAUUUUCAUCUAAAUUUGACCAUAUUUUGCAAAUUUGCAGUGAAAUUUUAUUUUAAAGGCCGGUUUUGGAGUACUAUUAUCUACUUUCCCUUAAAAUUCAAGUCAAAUGUUUUUAUUACAAAUAGGCCUUUGCAGGCUCCUAUGAAACGUCACACUAGUUGCACGGUUCCAAAAAGUUGGUCUCAUGGAGAAAAGCCGGCAAGAAACUCCAUAGACACUCUUCUUAAAAUGAAAAUAAACUGUAGACUAAAGUACUUAGAAACUGGUUAAAAAGCAUAAAUUCUUAUUUUUCAUGAUUGAUCAAUACUAGACACUAAUGUUCAAGUGCCAAAGAAAAUAGAAAAAGCUAUUGAUCAAUUUAAUAUGAAAAUAGUCUUUCAAAUGACUGUUUUACUUUUGUCCAUCAUUGUAAAAACCGAUUUCAAAAAUUUAUCAAAAACCUUCUAAAUCUGACAAUUAUUAUGCUGAAAACCGCAAUAAAAUCGAUUCAGCCAUAUGUAAUCUUACAUACAGGUCAAACUUAGAACCUCCUCUUUUUUGAAGUCGGUUAAGAACUAGUCAAAAAUCCUGUUCACUGUCAAUUUCGCAAAAUGAUGGAAAUGUAACAUUUUUGGUGCGAUUCUUUAGUUUAUCUAGAAAUAAUAAGAAAUAAAAAUGUGUACUAAAAUUAAAAUCCUUGGUACUUUUCGUGUGACGAUAUUUUGAUACUUUCUUAACUAAUAAUAAGUUAUUGAGGGCGGACAUUUCAAUCGUCGGUUAACUUUUAUCUGAAGAAUAUAUUUGACAGCUUUUUGUAUAGAAAAUAUGUCAAAAUGCUAUAUUCAAAUCAUGGUUGAGGAGGUCAGAUAGGCAGUCGCUCCUUGUGGCACACUGGUACUCAGAGCUGCAUCCGGUUAGACUGGAAGCCGACCCCAACAUAGUUGGGAGAAGGCUAGGCAGAUGAUGAUGAUUCACUACUUGCUUCUCAUUUCACAUGACGUGCUUCGACAUGGAUUGCCAUAAAUAAAUUAAAGAAUAGAAUAUUUAUUCUCCAGAUAGAAAUUAACUGAUGAUUGAAAAAUCUGCCUCAAGUAUAAUGAGCAAAUAUUUGUUUUUUUUUUUGUAAAAAAUACUGUCUAGAAAUAUCUGAAUUAUGAUUUCUCAUAUUUCGGCUGGUAGUAGAAAAUUGACAAAAAUACUAAAAUUAGAGUAAGUAUGGAAAUUGUUAUUCAAAAUAUCUAGUUGAAAAUAUGUAUCUUAUUGUCGACUAUCUUAAAUAUUUAGAUGAAUAAAAAUGACAAAUUAUUUUAUAUUUUGGUUGAAAAGACCGAAUAUUAACUUGUAUUGUAAAAGUACUUGUUUUCUGUACAUUUCGUGUAUUAUAAAAUUUGAUUUAAUUUUGUUAACCAAGGAUUCAAAAUGAAUAAAUCAUUUUGGAAAUAG